AACAGAGGAUGCAAAAACAUCAGAUCUCAAGUUCCUGGCAGAUCAGAAAAGUGACAGAAUUGGGAGAAUUGGUUCUGAAGAUGAUAAAUAUAAAGAAAAAGUCGUUCUGAAGCGGAAAAGAGAAGAUGAAGAGGUGGAAAGAAGAUUGAAAGAGGAAGCAAAUAAAAGAAAUCAGUUCAAGGUUCAUGACAUUGAAUUUAUUGCUGAUGAAAACCAGGAAGAAAUUGUUGCUCCAUCUUCCAAAAAAGCUCGAAAACUAAAAAAUGUCGAUCUUAAUAUAAAUGUGAGAAAAUGGAUUCAGGAAACCUCGAUAAUCUGUAACAGAUACAGAGUCGGAGUGAGACCUCAAACUGCAAUCCUUGCUUCAGUUUUUAAUCAUUCAAAUUUAGACCUUGACCAGAUAAAUCUAUCAAAGUCCUACGUCGCCAAGGUUAGACAGGAAACAGUUAAAGAGGAUUCAAAUUGUAUUCGAGAAAACAACAAAAUGUUAUUAAAAGACAAUCUUCUUACAAUUCAUUUUGAUACAAAGCUUACAUCAGAGAUUACAGACGGAGUAAACUGUGUCAAGGACAGACUAGCUGUUUCGGUGACUAGUCCAAAUUUUCCAGAUAAUCAAGAUAUUCUUCUAGGCAUUAUCCCAAUUGAUAAUGGAACCGGACAAGUGCAAGCAGAAAAUAUUUUACAGCUUCUUCAAGAUUGGGAAAUUAAGGAUAACAUUGUUGCAGUUUCAACUGACACUACAGCAUCAAAUACAGGAAUGAUAAUUUUGUUAGUAAAUUCCAAGAACUCAGACAUUUCUUUAUUUGCUGGAAAAAAAUGA